CACCAAACGUGCUGGUGUCACUCCAAAGCAGCUACUGAUUCCAAUUCCAUCCCCUCUACCUGCCAAGCUGUUGCCGCGAUCCCGAUGGAGACCACGCCGCAGUCGCCCGCCGACGAGAAGCCGCUGGUGUUCCUGGCGCAGCCGCUCUUCCCGGAGUUCGCCGCCGCGCUCGCCGGCCGCUACCGGUUCGUCCUCGCCGCGGACGCCGACGCGGCGACUUCUGCAGAGGCGAGGGUGCUGCUCGUGCCGGGGCUCGCGCCGGUCACUGCCGAACACCUGGCAAGGCUCCCUGCGCUGGAGCUCGUGGCGGGAACCUCCGUGGGAGUUGAUCAUGUGGAUCUCGGUACGUGCCGGAGCCGCGGGCUCAGCGUGACCAACGCUGGGCCAGCGUUCGCCGUCGACUCGGCCGACUACGCCGUCGGCCUCGUCGUGGCCGUGCUCCGACGGGUGGCCGCCGCCGACGCGUACGUCCGGAGAGGCAGGUGGGCGGCCGACGGCGACUACCCUCUCGCCACCAAGGUGAGCGGCAAACGGGUGGGGAUCGUGGGGCUGGGCAACAUCGGCUCCCGCGUCGCGCGUCGCCUCGCCGCCUUCGGCUGCGCCGUCUCCUACCACUCGAGGUCUCCCAAGCCUUCAUCACCGUACACGUUCGUCCCCGCGCUGCUCGACCUCGCCGCCGGCAGCGACGUGCUGGUGUUGUCCUGCGCGCUGACGGCCGAGACGAAGCACAUGGUGAACCGGGAGGUGAUGGAGGCGCUGGGGAAGGAUGGCGUCCUGAUCAACGUCGGCCGCGGCGGCCUGGUGGACGAGCCGGAGCUGGUGAGGUGCCUGCGGGACGGCGCCCUCGGUGGCGCCGGGCUGGACGUGUACGCGAACGAGCCAGCCGUGCCGCCGGAGCUGUUCGACAUGGACAACGUCGUGCUCUCGGAUCACCGGGCCGUGGUCACGCCGGAGUCCAUGCGUGGCGUGCUCGAGGUCAUCACCGCCAACCUCGACGCCUUUUUCUCAGGGAGGCCGCUCGUCAGUCCUGUGCAGCUCUGAACUCUGAAUUGUUCAAACCAUUGAGAACUAAAUAAAUUGUCUUGUCUGCCUCAUAUUUAUACAAACCUUUUAGU